AUGGCGGAUGUCGAUACAGCAACUGUGGACAAUUCCGUUGCUGCCUCUGAAGCCGGAGACGACCAGACAGCCACCAACAACACAGUCAGCGCGACCGUCGGCACUCGACGCCAGGCCAAUGGAACAAUCGGAUCUGUCUACUCAGGCAAUAAAAUCAAACACUUGAAGAAAGAUGACGGCAUACCACUUUGGCGCAAGGAUAUUCAGUACCAGUUCCUCAAGCUUGUCUUUGAGGACAAGACUCCUGUCUUUACUCGAUACUCGGAUGGUGUCAAGAAUCUUGAUUUCGCCGAUGUGUACAUCGACUGUAUGGCUAGGAGCAGCAAGACAAGUAAGAUCCUCAAGGAUAAGCUACAAAGUGAUAAGAAGGCAGCUAUUAGUAUGGCGAUGGUCUGUCUUUUGGUCAAUUUUGGUCGGAUGAAUACUACUUUGAACUUCUUCCCCGAAAUGCGCGCGCAGCUGAGAACCUACCAUUCCAUUCCAUCCCUCCAGGCGGACCAAGAUCCCAAUGCAUACAAACAACUACAAGAUGCUCCGCGUCUAAAGUCGAUCUUGAAGGGUGCCUCCGAGGACAUCGAUCAACCACCUACCAUGGAAAAAGUUCGAGAAUCGCGUAAACCUCGCACCAACCCGGUUCACCUCAUUUUCCUUCUUGCGCAGUACGCACCCAAGAUUUCCGAAUUACAUUUCUUUCAACCGCGCGAUUUUUUCGAUCUGGUUAUGCGAAGUACACUUAGCAGCAAAAGUCGAGCCCGGGCUUUUCUAUGGUUGAUGUGGUGGUACCUCGAGAGCGACUUUACUCGAGAAGAUGCCUUGAACAACCCUUUUGGGCCUGGCUUAGAAGGUGAAGGUACCGGUGGCCUACCUAUCAAAGUACCGGCAUUUGAGAUCUUAACAGAGGAGCAAGCGGAAGAAGAGAAUCGAGAUACGCCAGAGGAACUUCGCUAUGGAGAAGAGAAACAACGAGAACGAAAGCGUAUCUUGGAGGAGGAUGAGCCUCUUCCGAGGAUCACAAAGCGUGUGAAGAAGCAAGACUCUGGACUUGAUGAUGACCUACUCUCUGCCAACUCGACCCCGCUACACCCCUCAGCUCGUCGACUUGUGAUGAACGAAGAAGAGGAUGACUUUUCUACACCCGGAUCUUCUGGUCGUCUGAAGAGCAAGAAACCGCGCGAUUCAUCGGUUAGCCGAUCAACCGGCCAGCGCCUGGUAUUGAAAACGAGGAUGGAUCUUACUUCUGAUGCAGCAUCUCCGGCACCACCAGGAUCCGGCCAUCCUAUUCUUAACCAAUACGCUACCGAUAACGUAACUCCGAGCCAUAGCCACUCAAGUCGACGGCCACGUCCAUUGACACAGCAUCAGCUAGCUGUAGAACAGAACCGACGCCAUCGGAUAGAAUAUUUACUAGCUCGACGAAAGACUGAAGCCUACAAGGUUCUUAGAGCUCGUCGCGAGAAUGAGCCCACUUUCAAUGGCUGGAUGCGCCUUUUGCCGGAUUUGCCAGAGCCUAGGGCUUCCUUGGAUGGCGAUGAUAUACCACCUGAGAUUGCACAAUUGAUGAACGGGUCUACUGAUUAUGAGGAUUUCGGCGAAACGGCACAUUAUUAUCUGUCGGUAACUCGCAAAGCGAUCAGGAGAUUGGACCGUUGGGACUGGGAGAAAAUCAACGGACCCAGCAAAGACCGCAAGAAGACCAGAGAAGAGCGUCAAAAGGCGUUUCAAAAUGGUACUACUCUUUUGGGAGCUAGUCAAUCUCGCUCGGCCCGCUCUCGACCUCGGCCUCCUCGACGCAAGCCUGCUCCCAGCACGUCGACUCCCUCAAGGCAUCAAAAGCCUAUUGCUCCAAAGGAUGAGGUCCGAGAGACUCCGGUGGCUAAUGCGACUGAACAGGAUGGCUCUGGGAAAGCGAUCGCGUCGUCGAGUCGAGAUUAUGAGGAGUCCUUUGUAGAGAAGGAUGGACUCGGCGAGGGAAGCGGUCAUGAUGAUGAAGAUGAUUCCGAGUUAUCGUACCCUGAGGACGAUGAGCAUGAUGAUGAAGGUGAUGACUCUGGAACAGAAUAUCGCCUUCCAAGGGAGUAUCCCCUGGCAGACGGAUCUGAUUCGGAAUAUCCCGCUAGAAGGGCAUAUCCCAUGGUAGAGGCGCCUUCGGAGGACGAAGACAACGGGGAUGGCGAUCAGGGAACAGAUGAGGACGAGGUUAUGGAGGAUCAAUAA